GUUUACUAAAACUUACCAUCUAUGCUAAAAUUUGUAAACUUAAUAGUAUUAACACUAGGCAAAGGGAAAAUUUAAUACUUGACUCCAAUUAUUUUUAGACUUCUUUAUUGCAAAGUCGCAUAAAUACAUUUAAACGCUACUAAAAAAAUUAAAACUUUCGAGUUAAUUUUUACAUAUUUUGUUCGGUACACUUCGUCAUCUGAAGAACCUGGUAAGAAAACAUAAUACUUUUAGAUUAAGUCAACUUUUAGAGAGAAAUAUGAUGCGCUUCGGAAUAUUGACGAAAACGGUUGUGGGCUUGAUAUUGUUCGUUUACACUUCAGUGCGGUCAUUGGAAACCGGCUACAAAUAUACAAACGAACAUGUUGAACAAGGUGAACUCUACAUGGAUUUAAAAUGCGGAUACCUGUUCGGCGGGUAUACACAGGUGCGGCUAGUUAGGGAUUUACUUGAAAAUCACAAUACAGAAUUGCAAAUGUUGCUGGACAUCAUUAGUAAUAUGAACAAAUUAGUAAGGUCCCAGAUAAUUUCGCUGUUCGGUCUGAAAGGAAUACGUAUUGGUGCUAUGUGGGCACUACAUUUGUUCACGAGCUUAAUAAUAAGUUUUUAUCAGGAUUCAAAAAAUACGGCUGAAGACCAUCCGAAAAUUAUCGUAACUCUCAGCUAUGUCAUCCCAGCAAAUUGUGGAUUGGCCUAAUUACUAGUAUUAACGUUGUAGUGAAAUCCCAGAUAAUUUCACUGCUCGGUUUUAAAGGAAUACGUAUUGGUGCCCUUUGGCUAAUACAUUUGUUUACGGUUAUGCUACCUUUUUUUUAUCAGGAGACAAGAAAUACGACGGAAUAUCAUCCGAAAAUUGUUGAAACUCUCAUCUUUGUCAUCAAACAACUGGAUGACGAUUUAGCCGGGUGUCGUAAAGGCAGCUUAUUCGAUACGUACGACAUCGUGUUGUCAAAAGGUGUUAUCAAAAUCUAUACAAUAUAUGCCAGUCCACAUAGAAGUAGUCUUCGUUUUUUAAGCACUGAAAUGACAAGCAGUAUUUCGUUACUCCAAGAACCGGAUAAGCAAACUUAAUAUAUUCUGUUGACCAACUAAGCCGCAUUUUAAACAAAGAUAAGAUGCGCUCCGUACUAUUGACGACAAUGUUUUUAGGCUUGGUGUUGUUUCCAUAUACUUCAGUACGGUCAUUGGAAACCGGGUACAAAUAUACAAAUGAACAUAUUGAACAAGAUAAACUCUACAAGGAUUUAAAAUGCGGAUACCUGUUUGGCGCGUAUACACACAUGCGGUGAAAACUCAGGUAGCUACGUUAAUCGCUUUAAAAGGAAUACGUGUUGGGGCCAUGUGGGCACUACUUUUGUUCAGUAGUUUCAUAGCUGAUUUUUUUAAGACUGCAAAAAAUACACCGCAAGACUAUGCGCGUGUUUUCGAAACUCUCGUCUACGUCAUCGAAAGACUGCGUGACGACCUAGCCGAGUGUAGUGAAGGCAAUUCAUUCGACUGGUACGACAGCAUGAUAAUGUCAGGUCAGAAGUUAGGAUACGAUAUUCUCAAGCAAAUUCUACUUAAACAACACAUGACCCAAGCGUGGGAUCUGCUGCACAAAAACAACAUAAUUAGUAAUUAUUUGUUGAAAGAAGAGCUCGAAAGCAGUUUAAGACCCAAUCUGCUUUUUAUGCACAACUUUGGUAUGUAUAGAAAACUCAAAGAGGACUUUCAAAAUAGAUACAACUUGAAAAUAAUAUGGAAAAACACGAACACCAUUCUGCUUAUGGCUUGGCAAAAUGCGCGUUACUUGAAUUGGAAAAAAACCAACCUCCUACAUGUAAAAUCGUACUAUAAGUCGUGCUAUGACUUUUUAAAAAUCAUCUUGUUCCGGCUAUCGUUAAAACACAUAAAUUAUCUAGAGUUCUAUAUUCUUGACGUGGACCGCUAUAUGUAUUACGUACAAGAAUGGCACAAUAUAGUCACACAAUUUGGUACUUUACUACACUUGUCCGAAGAUUUACAUGUAUGCAGCUUGCAGAAUUGUCUCAGAAAUCUUAUCAACGGGGUAGAAAAAAUAGAUAGUGUGGUCAACUAUAUAGCUUCAAUACUGGUUGAGCUUUGUCAACCUUUUGGAUGCGAUGCUAUUAAACAAUUCACUAUAGACAAUAAAGAAUUUACAAUCAAAUAUAGAAGUCUAACCGAAGAAGAAAUAGAAUCUCUGCAAAUACCGUUUAGUCCUGUAUGGAUUGAAUACUACAGCUUGGGAAAUGCUAAAACUUUCUUGGCUCAUCUCAAAUUGGCCUUUAAAAAUGUCAAUUUUAACGCCAUUCGGUCACUUACUGAAUAUAUCAAUGAGAUCAAUCUAACAUUUAUUGUUGAGAAGUCAGAAAAUAAUAUUGAGGUUUUUGAAAAUUUCCAGUUCGAUAUACCAGAUUUUGAUUACUUAUAAGUAAUCAUAAUAAUUAUCAGUAGUCUAUAGACUAACAUUUAUAAUGUAACCCAAAUUUUUAUUAAAUAUAAAAUUUAAAUAACAU